AUGAGGCAUUUAAUAUUUCAAGAGAUGCUCUCAAUGCGAACAACCGGCUCAUUACCUUAUGGAACAUUCCAAAAAAUUGCAGAAAAAUAUGGUUAUCAUCAUAGAACCAUAAGAAAUUUAUGGAAAAGGCAAAUACAAUCAAAAGAAGCAAACAAACCAUACAUCGUUGAUUCAAAAUGCAAAAACUGUGGAAGGAAGAGAGUUGUGGUGCCUCCAAACGUUCUAGAGUCUAGAUCGAUGGGGGAACGUACAUGUAUAAGAGAUGUUGCAAGUUGUUUAGACUUGGCACCAUCGACCGUUUGGAGGUUAAUUAAAAGAGGUGAAAUUAAGGCACAUUCAAAUCCUCUUUACCUGGCUUUAACCGAUGCCAAUAAAUUGAAAAGGGUGGAGUGGAUUUUGAGUCUCAUCCAAAAAGAUAGCAUUCAAAGACAUCCAAUAUACAAGGGAUUGUUUGAUUUCAUUCACAUCGAUGAGAAAUGGUUUUAUCUGACCAAAAAAACUCAAAGAGUUUACCUUGCACACAAAGAGAAGAUCCUGUAUAGGGCAGCAAAGUCAUCUAAGUUUAUACCGAAGGCCAUGUUCCUAGGGGCGGUUGCUACGCCAAGAUGGAGUCCACAUGGUCAAUGCACGUUUGAUGGGAAAAUAGGAAUUUUUCCCUUUAUUAACAGGGUUGCAGCUGUGAGGGACUCGAAGAAUAGGCCAAGGGGGUCAAUUGAAAUUAAGCCAACAGAAUCAGUCACUCAAGAAGUUUAUAGAAACAUGCUCAUCCAAAAUCUCAUUCUAGCAAUACUAAGAAAGUGGCCAAAUGAAGGACCUUCAAUCAUUUUCAUUCAACAAGACAAUACAAGAGUGCACAUUACAAAUGAUGAUCCAAUAUGGCAACAGCACAACAAGCAAGGUGGGUUAACCUUCAUUCUUACACAACAACUCCUUAAUAGUCCAGAUUGUAACAUCUUGGACUUGGAAUUCUUUAGAAGCAUUCAAUCAUUGAUGCAUAAGAAAAUGCCAAAGAAUAUGACAGAGUUGAUUAGUGCAGUUGAAGAUGCAUAUGCUGAACUUCAUCCAAAGACAUUAACAAAUGUCUGGAUUUCAUUGCAACACCACUUAAAUGAGAUAUUGAAGGUUAAGGGAUGUAAUGACUACGUCCAACCUCAUUUUGUCAUGAAAACAAAUCAUCAUUGGGGCUUCAACAUCAAAACAGAACCAAAUCAUCAAAAAAUCAGAAUGUUCUCAGCUAUGAAAAUUAAAACAGAAUCAAAUCAUCAAAACAGAACCAAAUCAUCAAAAAAUCAUUGGGGCUUCAACAUCAAAACAGAAACAACUAUGAACAUCAAACAAAAACAAGCCAAAAAAUCAGAAAAACCUAAAUUCGUCCAACAACAAACAAUUUUCAGAAUUCACGCAAAGAUCAAAUGA